GCAACCCUGAUCGCGCCAAAGCCAUCAGCAGCCAUGGCGGACAUCCGGGCCUUCUUUUCACAAAAGCCAAAGAAGAAGGGCGGCAAGAAGAAGCAGCCAGAGGUCAUCGAUGUGGACUCUGAUGAUGGAGACUUUGUCGACUCCAAGACGGAAAUCAGUGCUCGCGACUUUUUCAGCCAGCGCCCAGCAUCGAAGCGCGCAAAGAAAGGCAAAGACAAGCCCACAGCCAAGGCUCAGCGCUCCAUGAUUAUCGAGGAUGAUGACGAGGACGAAGUUGUUGCGGUUCCCGACGACAAUGACGAUGACAUUGAUGAGGCUGAAGCGCUGGCGGUGCUGAUGGGUGACGACGACGACAACGGUGGCGGUGAUGAUGAUGAUGACGCGAUUGGGAACGGAAGCGGGAGUGGCGACGAGAAGGGAGCGAAGCAGACGAAGAAGAGCAAGCAGGACGAGAAGACUGUCAAGAAGGAGAACAAGUCUGCGACGGCAUCGCCAGUCAAAACACGGCGUUCACCCCGCAAGAAGGCAGCGGCAGCGGCAGCGGCGAAACCAAAACGAGAGGUGAUUGAGGACGACGACAGCAGCGGUGAUGGUGGCCAUGACAGCACCAACAAGGCGGUGCAGGGUGGCCCGAGCAAGACCAGCCCCAAGAAGAGCAAGGGGAGCACGCGGGAGAAGGGGCGAGCAUCGGUCGACACGAAGACAAAGGCGACACCAAAGACAGCGCCACCACGCGCCGUCAUUGAAGACGACGACGACGACGACGAUGAUGAUGAUGGCGGAUUCGUUCCAGCAGCGCUGAAGAAGAAAAAGGCCAAGACGACGUCGCCCAAGAAAUCAGCAACGAGCACAUCCAAGACAGCAGCCACAUCAGCAUCAUCAGCAUCAUCAUCAGCAUCAGCAGCAUCAGCAUCGGCGGGUGGUGGCAGCACGGAGACGACACCGAAGAAAGGGUCCAACUUCUGGGCGUACAAGCAGCGCAUGCAGAAUCUCGCGCCGCCAAACCUCGGCCAGAAGCCGCUGCCAUCUGGGGCGCAGAACUGCCUUGGCGGCCUCAAGUUUGUCCUCACGGGCGUUCUCGACUCCAUCGAACGCGAUACGGCUGAGCGGCUGAUCAAGGACCACGGCGGCGCUGUGCAGAAGAGCGUGAGCGGGCGGGUCAACUACAUUGUUGCCGGAAUUGAACCGGGCCCCUCCAAGAUGAAGAAGGCCGAGGAGUUGAAGUUGAACGUCAUUGACGAGGACGGUCUGUUUGACCUGAUUCGCACACUGCCCGAGAAGCCAUUUGACGACAUCACCACAGGUGGCAAGAAGGGCGGCAAGAAGGCGACAGCAACCAAGAAAUCAGCAACAACAUCAGCAGCACUCAAAGCUUCAUCAUCAUCGUCAUCGUCAGCGGCAGGAGCGAAGCGUGCAACCGCUACAGCGUCAUCGCCACCACCGCAAUCGGCCGUUGGAGACUUGUGGACGGUCAAGUACGCCCCGAAGAGCAUGGAGAAGAUUGUGGGUCAGUCAGGCGCGCGCAGCAACGCCAAGAAGCUCAAGGCCUGGCUCGAAUCCUGGCACCAGCACCUGCCCCGCAAGAACAACAAACCAACAAAGAACGACACUGGGUUUGACAAGCGGUGUGCGCUGCUGGUUGGUCCGCCGGGCAUUGGCAAGACGACGACCGCAAAGCUCGUCUGUGAGGCGUGCGGUUACGAGCCGAUUGAGCUGAAUGCGAGCGAUGCGCGGAGUAAGAAGUUGCUUGAGGCGCAAAUCGGGCCCCUCACCCGCAACUGCACCAUGACGCAAUUCUACGGCACCGCAACGAAGCCCCGUGCAACCAAAGUGGCUGUGAUCUUCGAUGAGGUUGACGGGAUGGCGGGCAACGAGGACCGGGGCGGCGUUGGCGAGAUUAUGAAGCUCAUCAAGACAACCAAGAUGCCGAUUAUCUGCAUUGCAAACGACGUGCCGCAGAAGCUGCGCCGACUGCGUGAUGUCUCGUUCCACCUCCCCUUCCGCAAACUGCAGACGAAACAGAUUCGCUCGGCCAUGAUGUCCGUCGCCUUCAAAGAAGGGCUGUCGCUCAAUCCGAUUGUGCUGGAUCGCAUCAUUGAGGGGGCAAACGGAGACAUUCGCCAGAUUCUCAACAACAUGUACAUGUGGAGCAGAGACAACGCAAACUUUGUUGAGCGCCAGGACAUUAUCGACCGCGACAUCAAGAACGCGACCAAGUACACGAAGAAGACGCCCUGGGAUUGCCUUCCUCUCUUCUUCCGCGCCGCGCAGCGACCGCGCGGGUAUGAGCUGCAGGAGGCGUUUUUCCAGGACUACUCGGCAAUGCCGCUCUUCAUGCAGGAGAACUACCUCCGCUGCGCCCCACACGGCAAAUCCGGACCUGUGGAUGUCCUUUCCACCAUCGCCGACGCCGCUGACGCAAUCUCGGAAGCCGAACUCGUUGGCAACUUUAUGAUGGCCAACUCUGCAUUUAGCGCCCUCCCCGUCUACGGAUACAUGUCCUGCAUCAGGCCCGGGUUCAUCAUGCGUGGAAGCCUUCACGGGCGCAUCGAAUUCAGCUCGUGGUUCGGCAACAACAGCAAGCGCACAAAAUCACGACGUCAGUGCAGUGAGCUCCAGCAACACAUGCGCAAAGACAUUUCGGCAGACACCACAGACAUGCGCCUCUCCUACGUGCCGUACCUUCGCGCGCAGAUUAUGCAGCCCCUCAUCGAACAAGGCGCUGACGGAGCAAAGGAUGCCGUGGCGGUGAUGAACGCGUACAACCUGACGCGCGCGGACUGGGACUCCUUGCACGAGCUGAGCCAGCUCUCGGGCCUGCCCGACCCCACGAAACGCCUUGACACGAAGACCAAGACGGCGUUCACGCGCGCGUACAACAGCAGCGCGCACAUGCUGCCGUAUGCAGAGGAGGCCGCAUCGAAGCGGAAGAAGAAGCAGAAGGCACCCGACACAGAGGAGAUGUUCAAGAUGGAGGAGGACGAGGGCGGCAGCAAUGAUGGCGACGAGGAUGACGAGGAUGACGAGGAUGUGUCUGGUGACGCCAUGAUCAAGCAGAAGAAGAAGCGCGGUGGCGGUGGCGGAAAGGCUGCUGCUGCAUCAAAGAAACGAUCAGGUGCAAAGAAGAAGACUGCCAGCAAGGGCGCGAGCAAGAAGAAAGCAAAGCGUGGAUGAACCCAUUCACAAGCAUCCGUUUUAGCUUUUGAGUCGAUGUGCCUAUGUGUGAGAGCCCAUGUGUUUAUGUAUGCAUUCGUGUCUGUGUGUGCGCGCGCUUGUGUGUUUAUUGUGUGUGUGUUUAUUGUGUGUUUGUUUGUUUGUGUGUGUGUGUUUAUUUGUGUGUGUGUGUGUGUUUAUUUGUGUGUGUGUGUGUGUGUGUGUGUGUGUGUGUGUGUGUGUGUGUGUGUGUGCAUUGCCUUUCCUCUCCCUCUCCCUCCCUCUUGCUCUGUUGGUGAGCAUCGCUUAGUGUUGUUUGUCCCCGUAAAAUGUAAUUGCAAAGGCUGAGCAAUGCAUCAUGAAUGCAACAAGAACGAAAACAGAA